AUGGCCAUCGCCGACGCAAGCGUCUCGCAGAGCGCUGCCAUCAUUUCCUCCACGCUCAUCGUCUUCCUGUCGGGCUUCAUGCUCGGCGUCUACUCCAUCCGUGGCUACCUGAUCUCCCCCGACCUGCGCGCCGAAGCACGCGCAAACUACGAGGACCCCGUCGAGAGCGAGGAGUCCGACAUUGACGAAGACGAUACCAUCCUCGACCACGCGCCAAACUGGUCCAAUGCCGAGGCUGCCGACGUCCGUGAUGGUCUGCGCCAGCGCAAGGCCGGUGCCGAGAAGACGAAGUCGAAGAAGCCCAACCCGGAAAAGGCCCCUCUCGCGGACUCCAAGGAGGAGUGCAAGCUUGUCCUUGUCGUCCGGACGGAUCUUGGUAUGACUAAGGGCAAGAUGGCUGCGCAAGCCUCCCACGCGACCCUCGCAUGCUACAAGUCUCUGUCCAAGGCCGCGGCCCGCGAUCCCGCCUCCCCUGCUGCCAAGAUCCUUUCACGGUGGGAGCGACUCGGCCAGGCGAAGAUUGCCGUGCAGAUUAAGGAUCAAGACGAGAUGCUCGAGCUCAUGGGCAAGGCGCGUAGCCUGGGUAUCACCGCUGAGGUCAUCGCAGAUGCCGGGCGUACGCAGAUCGAGGCUGGCAGUCUCACCGUCCUGGGUGUCGGCCCCGCGCCGAAGAGCCUUGUCGACCAGGUCACUAGCCACCUCAAGCUGCUGUGA